CUUGACGCGCAAUCAUCUUUUUAUUUCUACGUCCAUCUCUCACUUUGCUGGUGCCUACCAAAGACACAUCUCGGCAAAACAAGCUCAACUUCAAAAACGAGGGCCUUGACGGAUUCCAAAGGUCUAUUGCUUCGACAUCACAGCGAACCUGAGCCGGGUCGCUUGUAUCGGAAACUCUCUCUAGGCCAACAUACAACCACACCAUAGAGGUAUGAGUCGGAGCUCAGCAACAGCAUUGACACCAGAUCAACCGACAAUCAAGACGGUCCGUCUUAUUCUUUCACCAAAGACUUAGCACAAAUUCAAAGCUCGAAUUGGCCAUCUAAGACAAAGCUAUUCCCCGCGCGAGUACAGCUCCACCGAAAUCAUCAUCUCCAGGCCUAAGCUCCUCGGUUGCUGUUGCCGUUGACCAGGAACGGAUCGAGAGUGGGAACCGCGUGCCGGGGGGAACAACGUCCGAAAAAGUAAUUGCGGGAGAAGACGUGAAUGGAAAGACUGGUGAUAGUCUGAACAUCGAGAAGUAAGGGGAUAGUGACAGUGACACGUCCUGCGUUGUCGUCUCACAGCGAUCUCUUACUCGGAUUCCACCGCUGUUUGUGCUCAUCCAUAGCUUGGAGAGCUUUGCUGACUUUGUACUGACCAAGAAGUCACUUUGUCAUCACCACCUUCAGGCGCCAGGUCGUCGGCCUCACCUCUCACAUGGAAGCUCACGCGCAAGCCGCCCACAACGGCCAAUACUAUUCGCAGUCGGCUAGAACCGAACCGCAACAGGUCUACUCCCACCCACACCAACCGCGAUAUCAGCAGCACCAGCACCAGCAACAGAGCUACGCCCCGCAGUUGCAUUUCCAGUCGCAGUCAACCUCUCGGCCGCAGCCACAGCCUGAUGGUGCCAAUUUGCCGAAUAGACAUCCGUCGUUUAUAGGGUUGCCUCCAAUUUCUCGCACAUCUACCUUUUCAUCUCUACUGGGACCCUUUCAAGUCGAAGGUUCUGCCGACGACAAUAAUAGCACGUACAGUGACGCCGACAUUACCCCGCGAAACUUAAUCCACUAUCAACAAGGGCAACAAGGUGGACAACAAACCGUUGUGACAACCCCGCAAACUGUGUCUGAAAGCAUAUCCAUGGCUGCGAACCAGACUGGCGAUGGUGUACCACCGCAUGGCCAGGUUAUGCCCCAAACACCUCCACCAGGGCAGAUCAUCCCAAAUAUGUAUCGCCCAACUCAAGGCCCGGCACAAGGUCAAAUGCAAAUCCAAGGACAACCAUUGCCCAAUGGUUUUCCAUCACCUCCUGGUGCUGGAUCCGUGCCUGGUCAAUCGCCGGUCCAGGCCCAGUCAGGUGAACCCGGUCCACCAGGCAACGCCCAGGGGCAACCCGCAUCGGCCCUGGCGGGACCACCCGGGGCUCCCCUCUCUGUCAUGAACGGUGGAACUCCGCCCGCGGCUCCACAGUUUACGCCAGCCAACGGCCGGCCCGUCAUGAUACCUCCUCCGCACUUGGCAGGACGGUUUCCGCAAGGGAACUGGAACUUGCAGGAGUCUCAUCUGUCAGAGCCACUACAGCCUACGAAUCGGCACCGUCACUCGUCUAGCAAUGCAUCACAGCAACCCUUCUACGGUUUCGACAAGGAAACGGGCGUUCCGGCAUCGCCACGGAGCCAGAGGGCGCCAGACACAGAGCAGCAACCACAUAUGCAGCCGGUGGAUCAGAACAGCCAAGGCCCGCAACUCAAUGGCCAGGAGAACCCCAGGAAUCCCAUCGAGCAGCGUCCAGGCGGAAAUUCAUCACAAACGAACACGGACGUGGACGACCUACCAGCCCCCCGUCCGAUCCCGGCUGCUGAUGGAAACAAGACAAGGCGAAACUCGGGUAUCUUCUCGAGCCUCCGAAACCGGGUUGGGGCAGGCACUCCGGUCACCAGUGAUGCAGUUUCCGAUGCCAGUGUCAUGACGGAUGAAACAGGAGGACAGCAGCAGAGACGCACUCAAAUGAUCAGUGCGCUAGGUGCCGGAGCCGCAACGGAGGCCCCUCAAAGUAAAGAGAGCAUCAUGGCUCAUGGCAGCACUACGCCCGUGAAUGGCGGAUUGCAAUCACCCCCUCCGCAGCACCAGCAACAACAGCCGAAGAAGAGUCGAAUGGGUCUUAAGGCCAUGUUCAGUCGGUCAUCGCAGCAGGAUGGUUCCCGACCGUCCGGAAGCGCGCAACCGGCUAGGCCUACAACCCAGGGCCAAGUUCAAAGUCAACAUCACGUACAGCAACCCGUUGCUGCGAGUGGCGCCAACCCAAUGUAUCCGCUGCGGCCAAAGACUUCUGGCCAGGUCCUCCCCCAGCAACAUCAAACUCUUGCCUCGAUUUCUGAAAGCGAAAAGGCUAGGAAACCUUCCGGUGGAAUAUUCGGCAUGUUUAAAAACAAGGACACAAAGCCGGGGUCAGGUACAGGGGCUGGCCAGCCGCUCAUGGACCCCAGGCAGACGCUACAAGGUAUGGGACGAGGACAAAUGCCGAUGCCGCCCCCGGGGCAAGGACAAUUCUCUCAGCAGCAGUAUCGUCAACAGUUCCCAGUUGGCCCAGAUGGCAAGUUGGUAAUUUUCCCUGGUCAGCUUCCUCCUCAGCAUCAGCAGUUCAUGCAACAAGGCCAUCCGGGCAUGUAUCAGCCGCAGCAGAUCCAGAUGCAAUGGCAAAUACCAGAGCAGGACCGACCCCACGUCAACAUGCAGCAGUCUCGGCCUUCGGUGCAGGGUCAAAAUGGAGGUCCACAGGAUCAGCCCCAACAACAGCAUCAGCAGCAACUCGACGCUCGUAAAGGUCAAAGUAAUGGCCAAAAUGCGGUCUCUGUCGUUCCUGUAAGCCCACCAGUUGCUUCUCCGGUGCCUUCAGACAGUCAAUCCGCGACACAUCAGUCUCGUCCCCAGCAAAAUACACCUCCUGCCACUAAUGGACAGGCGCCUCCGGCGGCAACGAACGGAGGCCACGCCCGGACACUCUCUCAAGGUAGUAACUUACCCAAUAUGUAUACUCUCGGCAUGAACGGUAUUCAGCCAGAUCAGUUGCCUGCGCGAAAGCCAGUAGGUUCUAGGGUUGUCUCAGCCCAGAUCCCUUCCAGUCUUCUGCCACAGCAACAACGUCAAAGAGGAGCUUCGGUCUCCUCAACUCCACCUCCUCAACCCCAGAGUUUACCGAGCACACAAUUCCCGUCAAGCUUGGGAACCCAACGCCCUGUGGACUCCCAGCACACAUUGGCAUCCCAGGGUGGAAUGUCUCUUCCCGAUGUUCCCGCCUUCAACCAGCGGGCGGACGAAGAAAGGUUCGGUACGCAAGACCAGCAAAACCAAGGACUAGGUCGCCAGCAAAAACCGCAACAUAUGCCCGCGGGCUUGCAGGGCUCGCAAAGCCUUGUUCAAGGCACUUUGAACCAAAACAUCCCUUUCGCUGGCCAUUCACUAUCUCACGAAGCAACCACGGGGCCUGGCUUUCCGGUCCAACAAGAGCAACAACCACCUCAGAGACUGCCGCCACCUAGCCCCGGUUUCCCCCCCAGAAACGUCAUGACUAUAGCCCCUCCGCCCAAGGAGAAGGAGCAGAGCACUAUUUCCAAGCUUUUCAGAGGCACUAAACAACAGACGUCGCCAACAACCUCUCAGGAAAAAGGAAAGUCGUCUUUCAUGAGCGCCCUGAAACGGGGCGGCAAUAGCAAGCAAGGAGAUGCCCAACCAAGGUCCCCUGCUCAGUCACCUCAAGUCAACCAAGGACAGUUUCAGCCAAACCAAGCUCAGAUACGAGAACAAGCACAAAGGCCGCAAGGUUUACAACCUCCUCAAACCCAAUUUCCGGGACAGCCGCAACAACAACCGCAACAAAAGUCACCGUCGGGACUGAGAGAACGACGGCCGAGCCCGCAUCUGCAGUAUCAAAAUGAGAGGCAGGACCCGUCCAAAGCUCCUAGCCCACCGGUGCAAGUAGAUCUGGCCAUGCGUCUACCUGCCCAGCAGCCAUCACAGCAGCCUACGCGUCCAUCUGCUACAUCCGCUCCUGGCGUUCCAGAUAAGCCAAGACCUGCGCCCCAGAUGUUCGAGCAACAGACGCAGCAACCUUUGACGCACGGAGAGCCAAAUCCAGCCCCUGGUUUGGUUCAAGGGCAGAGACCGCCGAUACCGGGACAGCCUUUGCAUCCCAGCCAGAUGGCAGGUCAAGCUCAAGCUCAAGCCUUUGCAGAGCAGCAGUUUUUCCAAGCACAAGCUCAGGUCCAUGCGCAUGCUCAGAUGUUUCAAAGGUUUCAACAACAACAACAUCAACAACAACAACAACAGGCCCAGUUUGCUGCUCAAGUCUCACGCCCAGAUCAACCUCCAAUUCAAGGCCAAGGUCAAGGCCAGAACCCACCGACAUCUGCUCCUCCGGGUCAAGAGCCUUGGUAUGCCCAGAUGCCCAUUCCAGCUGGCUAUUUCCCUGUGCACCAAGGGAUGGCCCAAACCUCUUCGCCUAUGGGCAUGCCGAUGUCAUACUUCAUCAAUGUUCCUGGCCAGCCACCGCAAGGUUAUUUUAUGCCGAUGCCAGGGCAAGUGGUUCCUCCAGGGAUGCCUGGAAUGCCGCAUAUGUUGCCUCCUGGGUUUGUUCCCGGUCAACCUUUUGUGUACGCGCCUCAUCCCGGUGGGCCUAUGCCUCCUCGUGCACCUCCUGGAAGCGUACCCGCCACUACGCCUCCUUCCACGGGUGGCACCCCUUUCUUUACCCCACCGGCUUCUCAUGGAGGACCUCAACAGAUGUUCCAUGUUCCCGUACACCCAUCAUCACCUCCGCCGGGCAGUGAGCACUCCGUACAGCAUCCUCCAAGCAUCUCGCCUACUCCUCCUCCGUUCAUCGGAACAUCAAGACAGGCUAGCGACCUUUCUCCUCAGCCUCAGAUGCAGUUCCAGCAACCAACGCAGCCAUCCCCGUCUCCGCCAAAAUGUCCCCUUCCAAACACGCCUUUCUCGCCGGUGAACCCGGACGCCGUUAAUGUUCCGAACCCGCCGCUUCCGCCAAGCGAAACACAGGUGCAGCAACCGCAGCAACAGCCUAACCCGGGCCUCAUUCCCCAACGACAAGUCAGCCAAGUCAGCGCCAUGUCCAUGCAGCCCAGCAACGGAUCGCCAUCAACGAAUGUGAUUUCACCCAUCUCGGCCGACAGCGGAGUGACGCAGGUUCCCGAGGGAGGAGGACAGGAGCAACUUUCUCGAUCUGGAUCCGCGGCUCUUCCUCGGGAUUCCAAGACCAUCGUCCCGGAACCAGUCAAUGUAGCCCAGAAGUUUCUUGAUCCAGGAAUUGACGAGGAUUGUAAUGGAGAUAAGAACAGCAAGAAGGGUGAGAACGACGACCAUCAUUCGUGGAACGGAAUCACCACGGACGGUGACUCUAGGGCUGUUAGUCCGGAACCGCUGCUGUAUGAACAUGGGCCUAUGACACCGCCGCCUACCACGGUUAGCUUCAUCCGCGCGCAGGCACAGGAAGUUCAUGUGCACCGGUCGCCGGACAGGCAUGUGGGUGAUGGCAAUAUUUAUGAUGCGACGCCGAGGCAGUCGAUCAAGUCACCGGUGUUGUUGCCCAGGCGCGAUUCCAUGGAAGAGGAGAAUGAGACUGAUCUCCAAAAGACUGAGGAUGAAACUUUCACUGCAAGUGAGAAGAGGGUUGAUGGUUUAGGUAAUAUUCGUGAUGAAUCGCCUGCAAACGGGAACAGCCAUUUCAUCGUCGCUCCUGUCAGUGGUGGUGGCAAUGAAAUCAACAAAUUAGCCGAACCAACUCCAGCUCAUCAAGCGCCCUACGAAGCCAGAGAUGUUGACCACGGAAAAGCUGUUGGAGUGGAGGAUAACGAGAAGGAGGAACCAGUUAUUCCCGGCCAUGUCGAGCAUAAUGAGCCACAGCAGCAAUCCCAUAUCGCCGACGUCACGAUUGUCCCUGCCGACGAGACUGCCCAGUCUCCCGAGCCGACGAAGGAUGCGGUUGAUCAGCAGCAGCCGCAGCAACAUCAGCCGCUUCAACCUCAACCUCAACAAGGAGCCGCUUUACCAUCAGCGUCACCACCAGCACCAGCACCAGUACCGGCACCGGCACCGGCACCACAACAACAGUCCAUCAUCAUCAUUUCCCCCGAGCCUUCUCCCUCCCAAAGCCCCGAGCCAAGCAAACCACAACUCCAUCAACCCCAGUCCACCGAGAACGGUGCCAUCACUACCGCCUCCGGCUUCCUCAUUUCCUCCUACCCCUCCUCCAACCAUACCGAUCCCUCCAAUCCCAAAGGAAUCCUAAAACCCCUCACUGACCGCUCCAUCUUCGAAGAAGCCAAGCGGAAACAACUUCUUCGCGAGCAAGAGGAGAAGAUCCCUGUGUUUUCGGAUGAUGAUGAUUAUAUGAUGAAGCAGAACAAUGGAACGGUGGGAGCGGCGGGAACGGGAAACAAAAAGAAGGAAGAUGAAGAUGCUGUGCCGAUGAUGAGCGCUACGAGUUAUCCCGGGCAGGAGUGGAAUCCGUAUGAGCUUGGGAUGGGGGGAGAUGGCGGGGAGGGGUGGGAGGAUUGAGGUCGGUUAUUGGGAUUUUCAAGAGUUGAGUGCACUUUGUUGGGAAGGAAGGAAGGAAGGAAGGAAGGGGGUGGUGGAUGAUGGGGACAGGACAUGGGAAUAAAAGAAGGAGGGAAGAAGGGAGGGAAAGAGGGUUAGCGGGUGAUGACCUACGCAAGGGGAGGAAAGGGAAAAGAAAAAUAAUCGCCGAGCCGAGAGAGGAGGAGGGAAAAACACUCUCUGUCUAGUUCGUGCCAUGAAGGGUGGCAUGGCUAUUAAACUAUUUCUGUUUCGUUUAAUUCCCCUUCCUACUUUGAUUCGCCCUCUUCCGGGUUCGAUCUUCAAGCAUAAUCGUUUACUAUUACCCAGACAUCAACAUCGAUACAUUUUUUUUUCGAUUCCCCAGUUUCAUCGGCUAUGGUGCCUAAUUACUGUGGCCGGUUUUCAAAAUGUUUAGAAACACUUCUUUUAGUACGUACCAUCUAUUUACGUCGUUAGCAAAGUACUUGGUUGGCAUUUGGAACCACCAAGAACAAAA